AUGUCUCGUCGGUGGGCUCGCAAGUUGGAGCGCGCGUGCUGCGCGUUCGCAACGUACAUCCCGCUGGUGUUUGUCUACGGGCUGACAUCAUGGGCGGUAUGGGUGGUUGUCAGCAUUGGCAGCGCGAGCAUCAAGAGCGCUUGGAUAGGCAACGGUUCAUCCGCCGUCGGCGUCGCUCUCUACCUCCUCCUCAACUGGUCCUACACGACGGCCGUCUUCACGCCCCCUGGCUCGACGACAAACGACAUGGGCUACGGCCUCCUGCCCACGCAGACCACGCCGCAGGCCACCAGCUUCACCGUCAAGAGCAAUGGCGAGUUCCGGUUCUGCAAGAAGUGCCAGGCCCGCAAGCCCGACCGCGCGCAUCACUGCUCGACCUGCCGCCGCUGCGUGCUCAAGAUGGACCAUCACUGCCCCUGGCUGGCGACGUGUAUCGGACUGCGCAACCACAAGGCCUUCCUGCUGUUCCUCAUCUACACGACGCUCUUCUGCUUCUACGCCUUUGCCGUCAGCGGGUGCUGGGUCUGGAAUGAGGUGCUCGACGACAACACCCAAUACCUCGAGACCUUUAUGCCCGUCAACUUCAUCAUGCUGAGCGUCGUCAGCGGCAUCAUUGGACUUGUGGUCGGCGCUUUUACCGGCUGGCAUGUCCACCUCGCCGGCAAAGGCCAGACCACCAUUGAGUGCCUCGAGAAGACUCGCUACCUGUCCCCCCUGCGCAAGACGUACAACUCGGCCCACAACCCUGCCAACCGCCUGCCCCAGGCCGCCCAGCAGUUCGUCGACUUCCACACCAAUGCCCUUCCCGGCAUCACGCGCCCGGAAGAGGGUGAGGAGCGCCGCACUCAGGAGCUGCCCCGGACGUAUCCUCCCGACGGCUCACACCCGGUUCAGCUGUCGUAUGCCGACAUGGAGCGCGAGCAGCGGCGGAGACGCUACGAGGAGUACCUCGACGAACAGGACUCGGAGAAGCUUCCCAACGUAUUUGACCUUGGCUGGAGGCGCAACCUGCAGCACCUGUUUGGCCCGACCCCGGCGUUCUGGUUCAUCCCCGUGUGUAACACCACCGGAGACGGCUGGUCAUGGGAGGCAAGCCCGAGAUGGCUCGAGGCCCGCGACCGCCUCCGCUCCGAGCGCGAGCAGCAGCGCGCCCGCGAAGUCAAUGCCGGCUGGGGCGCUCCCGACGGUGCUCCCGACGAUAUCCCUGACAUCCCCGAGCGGUCCGAAGGCGCCGGCCGACACUUUACGCCCAGUCCGUCUAACAGACCCCUGAGCAAGGCCGACCGCGUGCUAGGCCGCGACCCGGCCCUCUACGCCGACGCGACGCAGAACGUGCCGAUGCGGCGCCUCAGCCCCCGCGGCCGGACGCUCGAGGACGAGUUGGCGGACCUGGACGAAGAGGAGGAGGAGGAUGAUCUGGACUGGGACUCGGCUGAGGACAAGAUCCCCGGCGGCGCAUCAACGGCGGAGCAACGGCGAGACGAGGCCGAGCGCAAGGCCCUGGACGUAGUCACUAAUGGCGGCUGGGGUCGAGGCGGCGCGAGCGGCAUGCUGCGCAAGGGCAGCUCCCAGACGAGCUCCCAGACCAACCUCAGCAUCAGUCGGACGGUGAGUCCGAAGUUCCACGACGAGGGUGUGGACUGA